AUGGGCAGCAUGGGGAUGGCCCGCAAAGGCAAAGGCGGCAUGGGGAUGAACAACAUGAACAACAUGGGUGGCAUGAACAGUGGGAUGGGCGGUAUGGGCGGCAUGGGUGGUGGCAUGGCCGGUGGCAUGUGCGGCCAAGGAAUGCAAGGCAUGGGUGGCAUGGGCAUGGCCCAGGGCAACGAGAAGGGGAAGAUGGGCGCCGGCGGAAUGUGCGGCAUGACCAUGGGAGCCAUGGGCCAAAAGGGCAUGGGGAAGCCCAUGGGCUGCAAAGGCGACUCCAAUGGUUGUGGUGCGCAAGGUCGGCCGCCUAUCGGUGGCAGCAUGGGCCAGCGGCCACCGGUGAUGAUGCUUAGAGGCACCACCCCUGCGCAGCGGAUGCAGAUGCAGCAGGUGCAGCAGCAGGAGCGGUUGAUGCAGGGCGGCGGCGGCUUCUGCGGAGGCGCGCAGAAUUUCGGCACCUCACCGGGCUUCGGCCAAGCCGGGGCUUUCCGCGGUCGGCCGCCAGCUGCAAUACGGCCUUCAACAGCUCCUGGAAUGGGAGCAGGCGGUCUAGGCGGCGCCGGUGGCCCCAAGUUCCCUCCAGCAUUGCAGUCCUGGCUACAGCGGCUCUUUGCCCAGCAAGGCAACUCGGACACCAAUUUGCAAAAGGAGACCCAUGCAUACCUGCGAUACUGGGUGCAGCACUGGAACAAGACGGGAGAGCUGUGGCAGCGCAAUUGGGAAGCUGCGACCCUGCCAUCCGUGGAGGAGAUCAAGCGGAAACUGCCUCCCGGUAGCCUCAGUGGGCAAGGCGCCAUCGCAACAGCUCCGCUUGACUCGAUGUUCACAGUUGCCGAAGUUGGAAGCCCCAAGGAUGAGCACGUUCUGGGUGACAGUGGCAUGGGUGAGGAUGAUCAUGAAGACAUGGAUGAUGCCAUGACUUUCCUUAUGGAGUGCCAGGCAUACGAAGAGGACUGUGCUAAAGAUGCUGCGGCUUUCGCCAAUGUGGACAUCCUUGCAGAUGUUGCAGCUCCUGCGGAAGUGGCGGUGCAGCUGAUCCAGAGGUUCGAGGCUAUGCUCGCAAGACGGGAUGAGGAGCUCUUCAGGCGGCUGGACAGGGCCGUGCAGAGCUUCGCGGCGACACCCGAUGCGAUGACCUACGAACACUCUCCGCUUGUCAACAGCGGCAACGACAAUGUCAAUGUUCCGAUGCGGAGCAAAGCGCUGGUGGAGUCCAGA